AUGGCCGAAUUCGCCUCGUUCGAACACACCCCCACGCCCCGCGUCGACCCGGGCGAGAAGGACUUUGUCCGCGCCUACGAGCCCAAGGACCGCGACACGGUCGAGCAGCUCAUCGGACAGAGCAUCAUGGAGGCGCAGGCGCAGGCUAAUAACUGGGCUCCGUGCUCCGCCGUCUCCUCGUCGUUGGCAGCCAAUCCUAUCAGCUCUCAGCGGGUGGAUCGGCGAGACCACUCCGAUCCUCACCAGAGGAAGACUUUCAACGGCGGCGUCGACGGCGCAGCGCACCUCACCUUCACCCCCAGGCACCCCAGAAGGAUCCCCCAGCUAUGCUGUCUUCGGGCCAGAGCUAACCCCUCAGUCCUCUUCAAGCCCUCUACGAUCCUAACCGUCCUCGUAGUCGGUGCAGUACUCGACUAUGUAGUCGGCUUCACCCCCAAGCCUGGGGACAACCUCUCGCUGAUCUCGCCCCUGAUCGGCCCCUGUCUCGUCCUGAUCCCAAUCAUGGGUUGGGUGGAAUGGAAGCACCGCGGGUCCUUCCUGCCGAUCCUGCGUCGGAUCGUCGGUUCGCCCGACAUCCGUGACCCCGGGGCUUAUUACCAGGGUGGCCGGUCCAAGUGCCUCCUCUUCGAGCACGGCGGACAGGCGAUUGGCGUCAUCUGCCUCGACGCGAGACAGCCGGGAGAGAAGCUCGAGAGCGUGCUUGGUGACGGCACCCAUGGCUCUCGGGGUCCUAAGCCUGCCGAUCAGUCUUCUGCCACUAGCACGGCCACGAAGGGAAAGCCGGGCAAGGGCGAGGCCAAGCAGAGAAAGGCCGAUGGCAAGAACGCAGGCAGCACCGACGCCGAAAUCCGCCACCUCACCUGCGACCUGCAGUACCGCCACAACGGCGUUGGUACCGAGCUCAUCGCCGCCGCGCUCGACCACGCUUUCGGGAUCGCCGCUGACGGCACUUCGUCUGGCUCCACUGGCGUCCUGCGCGUUAUUCUCUGCACGAACCCCUUCACGCGCGGCGGGGAGGAGGUCUGGGACAAGACCGGGUUCAAGGUCAUCAAGACGCCCGAUGCAAACUGGCGCAAGCCCGACGUGUACGGCAUGGGCAAGUGGGAGGGGCGCUGGAUGGGCAUCCUGAAGCAGGACUGGGUCAAGAGGCGCGAGUACCUCUUCCGCGAGGGGCAGCCGCAGCAGAAGGAGACCACGGCUGUGGUAGAGGAGAAGAAGGAUGAGUAA